UUUACCUGUGAUGCCGUUAGCUAAUGGCUAAUACCUUAACACUUGUUUUCAUGUACAGGCCUAUCAUCGUGGUUCGGAAAUUGAUUUGGUCUGGCACGAUACAAUGUGCAUGUUUGGAUAAAACGUGUAUAAUGCAAAUAUAGCUCUGGGUUUGGAAGUGACCAUGUUAGCAGGCUAAUAAAUUAGCAUUCGUGUCACGGUGCAGCGACCUAUUGCAGAGGCGGAUUUACAUCUGUCAAUAUAACAAGCUAAUAUGAGAAAAUGCACCACGUAUUGCUUCAAUCAGAACGAGUACUUCCGCAUGCACUCUUGUUGUCUUGUUUUGAAGUGUCCUGUAAUUUUGACAGAGCCCCAGAAGACUGCUGCACCUGUGAACGGUCAAUCUGUGUGCCUGUUUUGAUAAAUAUAAAAUCAUUCUGUUCUGACCGACCGAAUUUAUGUCAUGCUAAUGCAAUGUAUCUCAAAAGAGUUUUACUCCUUGUUUGCUGAUUGUAAGCCACAGCAUAUUUGCUGAUAUGGACCUCGUUCAUGAGGCGGAGUAUGGCGUCGGCAUCUGCCAGUGUGGACGCCAAGGCAGAGCUGACUACUCUACUGGAGCAGUGGGAAAGGGAACAACAAGGCAGCACACAGGAGCUAGUCAACAUCCUCACCAAAAUCUCAGAGCUUGUUGAGAAGGAGACAGAGGAGUACCACAAAGCAGACCCAGACCCUUUUGAUGAUCGUCAUCCUGGGAGAGCUGAUCCUGAAUGUGUGUUAGGGCAUUUGCUCAAGAUCCUGUUUAAGAAUGACGACUUCAUGAACACUUUGGUGAAUAGUUAUGUUAUGGCCAGCAGAGAAUUUUCGCUCAAUGCAGCAGCCUGUCGCUUGCUUCAGAACAUCAUGCCUGGCCUGGAGACAGCAGUGGUAUUUCAGGAAAAGGAGGGAAUCGUUGAAAGGUUGUUCAAGUGGGCUCGGGAGGCUGAGCAGCCCCUCAGAAUCUAUGCCACGGGAUUGCUGGCAGGCGCCAUGGAGAAUCAGGACAUUGCAGCCAACUACAGAGAAGAGAACUCUAUUUUGGUGCCAUUGAUGCUGCAUCGCUUACGUGAGCUUCAAGAUAAAGAUGCAGAGACAAAAAGAGAAAUCAAACGACCCAACCCCAGAAAAACUCUCAGUGGGCCUUUACUACCUUUGGAUGAGGAGACAGUUGAUGGAGGCUUUGAGGUGAAGCCUUUCUCACUGGGCCAUAAUGGGGCUGAAAGGGAAGGACCCGAGCAAGAAGAGGAUGGUGAAAUGACCCUCUCGUCUGCCUUAGAGCCCGAAAAUGAGCUUUCAUUCCGUCUCAACACCCCUCAAAAAACAAGCAGCCAUGCCAACUCGGCCGUUAAAACCAUGAUGAAGCCCAUGUCAGCCCCAGGCUCACUGCUCCAUCAAGGCGUGUCUGACAGUAGUAGUUACCUAAAAAGAAAAGCCGAGAGGGAUAGUGGCAGGACCGCAAAGCACAAGUUAAAUUUUUCUCUACCAGAACCAGAGAGGAAUUUCAGUGAGCUUUCCAACAGCAGCUGGUCUGAGAUGAGCCCCUGGGUGAUUGGUAACAACUACCAUUUAUACCCACUGACCCCAGAGAUCGAGCAGAGACUCAUUCUGCAGUAUCUCACUCCUUUGGGAGAAUAUCAGGAGCUUUUGGCAGUAUUCAUGCAAAUGGGGGCACGUGAGCUCCUCAUGCAUUAUAUGGAUCUAAAACAGACCAACGAUGUGCAGCUCACAUUUGAGGCACUGAAGUACCUAGCUUCCCUGCUGCUUCACAAAAAGUUUGCUGCCGAGUUUGUGGCGCAUGGAGGAGUUCAGAAGUUGCUGGAAAUCCCGAGGCCCUCUAUGGCUGCCACUGGAGUAUCACUGUGCCUCUACUACCUUGCCUAUAACCAGGAUGCAAUGGAAAGGGUGUGCAUGCUGCCCCCCUCCGUCCUGUCAGAUGUGGUUGGUUACACACUGUGGCUGCUGGAAUGUUCGCAUGCAUCCGGCUGCUGCCACGCCACCAUGUUCUUCUCGAUUUCCUUCUCUUUCCGUGCUGUGCUCGAGCUCUUUGACAAGCAGGACGGGCUGCGACGCCUCGUCAAUCUGAUUAGUACAUUGGAGAUCCUGAAUCCAGAUGACCAGGGAGCAUUGCUGAGCGAUGAUGAGAUAUUCUCUAGCAGGCAGACAGCCAAACACACAUGCAUGGCGCUGCGCAGGUACUUUGAAGCUCAUCUGGCCAUCAAGGUGGAACAGGUGAAGCAGUCCCUGCAGCGCACAGAGGGAGGUGCUCCUAUUCACUCACAGCCCUACUACAAGGCAGUCAGCUACAGCCGUGAACAGGUAGUGGAAAUGAUGGAGUUUCUUAUUGAGUAUGGACCCCUUCGUCUGUAUUGGGAACCAGCUGAGGUCUUCCACAAGCUCUCUUGCGUCCAACUGCUCCUGCAACUUAUCUCCAUCGCCUGUGACUGGAGGACCUACUAUGGCAGGAGUGACACUGUGCGAUAUGCCCUUGACAUCCUGAGUAUCCUCACUGUUGUACCAAAAACUCAGAUAUUGUUGUCUGAGACUGUUGCUGUUGUCGACGAAGGCGGGUCCACGGUUUCUAGCGCUGGGAUGAACAUUGUUCUGGCUGUGGCAGAGGGAGAAGUGUUUGUGAACGAUGCCGAGAUACAGAAGUCUGCCCUGCAGGUUGUCAUUAACUGUGUCUGCGCACCUGACAAACGCAUGUCCAGCAUUGGCAAGUUCAUUUCGGGCACUCCCCGUCGUCGCCUUCCUCACUUGACCAAAGCCAGUGAAAAUGUGCUCACUAAAAUGUGGAACGUGGUGCAGUCCAACAACGGCAUUAAGGUUCUGCUGUCCCUGCUGACAGUGAAGAUGCCCAUUACAGAUGCAGAUCAGAUCCGAGCUCUGGCCUGUAAAGCUCUGGUUGGUUUGUCUCGGUCCACUUCUGUCAGGCAGAUCAUCAGCAAGUUGCCUUUGUUCAGCAGCGGACACAUCCAGCAGCUCAUGAAGGAGCCUGUGCUCCAGGACAAACGCAGUGAGCAUGUAAAGUUCUGCAAGUUUGCGGCUGAGCUCAUAGAAAGAAUCUCAGGGAAACCCUUGCUGAUUGGUACUGAUGUAUCCCUGGCAUGGCUACAGAGAGCGAGUGUGGUUGCUCAAUCGAGGAUCACCUUUCCAGAGAAAGAGCUGCUUCUGCUUAUUAGGAACCACCUGGUUGCCAAAGGCCUUCAUGACACAGCCACCACCCUCACCAAGGAGGCAGAUCUACCAAUGGCAUGUCUGUCACAUUCAUCUCUCUCUGCUUCUACUUUUGUUCCUGUCACUCCUCCUCCCCCUACUGCUACUGUCGGCACUCUACCACGCACCCCGCGGCUGGCCAAUGGUGUUGGGUCAAGACUGGGCAACCAUCCCUCUCAUUCAGCCACUCCAACACCCAGCCAUUUACAAGCACGCCCCUCUACAUCACAACCUGCUGGGCCCUCUACUACUUCUUUCCCCUCGACGUCUGUGCCCAACUGUAACAAUGGCUCACCCCUGAUUGGCCGAAUCGUUUUCUCCCGUGAGAGGCACACAGGAUGCAGUGCGAUGAGCUGCAAGAAACCUCGAGUGCUGAGGCAGAAGUCAGACCAUGGUGCCUUCAGCCAGACACCAGCGAUGAAAAAGCAGUUUGACAGACACAUGCCCUCCCCACCUGCACUGGACAGUAUCAUCACUGAAUACCUGCGGGAACAGCACGCACGCUGUAAGAACCCGGUUGCAACGUGUCCACCUUUCUCUCUCUUCACCCAACAUCAAUGCCCUGAGCCCAAACAGAGACGCCAAGCACCUAUUAACUUCACAUCUCGACACACCAGAAGGGUCAUAUAUCCUAAAUAUGGUGGAGUUGAUGGAGGGUGCUUUGACAGACACCUCAUCUUCAGCAGGUUCCGGCCAAUUUCUGUAUUCAGAGAAGCUGAUGAAGAUGAAAGCGGGUUCAUGUGUUGUGCCUUCUCAGCUCGUGAGCGGUUCCUAAUGCUCGGGACCUGCACAGGCCAACUAAAACUCUACAAUGUGUUCACAGGCCAGGAGGAGGCCAGCUACAGCUGUCACAGCUCAGCCAUCACUCACCUGGAGCCCUCAAGGGAUGGCUCUCUGCUUUUAACGUCAGCCUCCUGGAGCUACCCGAUGUCUGCACUGUGGGGAAUGAAGUCAGUGUUCAUCAUGAAGCACUCUUUUCUGGGUGAUCAUUAUGUGGAGUUCAGUAAGCUCUCACAAGAUCGUGUCAUUGGAACAAAGGAGCAUGUUGCACAUAUUUAUGACAUCCAGACAGGCCAGGUGACACUGACUCUAAAUAACCCAGACCUGGCUAACAACUACAAGAGGAACUGUGCCACCUUCAACCCCACAGAUGACUUGGUACUGAACGAUGGUGUGCUGUGGGACGUACGCUCAGCACAGGCCAUCCACAAGUUUGACAAGUUCAACAUGAACAUCAGUGGUGUGUUCCACCCCAAUGGCCUGGAGGUCAUCAUUAACACAGAGAUCUGGGAUCUUCGAACUUUCCACCUUCUUCACACGGUUCCUGCUCUUGACCAGUGUAGAACAGUCUUCAACAACAAUGGCACCGUCAUCUAUGGAGCAAUGUUACAGGCUGAUGAUGAAGAUGACAUGAUGGAGAUGCAAAUGAAAAGUCCAUUUGGUUCAUCGUUUCGAACUUUCAAUGCCACAGACUACAAACCCAUUGCCACCAUUGAUGUCAAGAGGAAUAUUUUUGACCUGUGCACAGAUUCUAAAGACUGCUACCUUGCUGUGAUCGAGAACCAAGACUCAAUAAACACGGACACAGUUUGCCGGCUUUAUGAAGUUGGUCGACAAAGACUAGCAGAAGAGGAAGAGGAGGAUGAAGAGGAUCAGGAAGAUGAUGAUCAGGAGGAAGACGACGACGAUUCUGAUGAUGACGUCGAUACAGACCCUCUUAUUGCCGAGCUUGAGAACGAGAAUGGUGGUGACGACGACGAUGAUGACGAUGACGAUGGAAAUGCUGAAUUCUCUCCCUCUGAUGAAGAGGUGGCCCGCCUUCUCGAGGAGGACUUAGAUGUAGGGGAUGAUGAUGAUGACGACGAUGACGACGACGAUGAUGACAAUGAUGAUGACUCUGAUGAUGAUGCUGAACUGGAUGGAGACAAUGACAGCUCCGACAACUCUGACCUUGAGGAUGACAUAAUUCUAUCCCUGAACGAGUGAGGGCCAAUUGGCAGCUGGGUCUGAGCAACUGGACUUCAAGUCAAGACAUUGGCCUCGUAGACGUCUGAGCUGCAGAGGAGGAGAAGCGAAGGAGAGCAGCAGAUGCGGUGGGAAAUAACUUGGAGCUUUGCCAGUUUGCGUCUGUGUACAAAUGGACUCUUACGUGAUAGGACCAAGGAAGACUAUCAAAUAAACAAAAACACAGUUGUAUAUGAUAUAGUUUUAUAAGCAGCCCUGAUGUGAAAAGAGAGAGCCAUUGAGUGGAUGCUUUGAAAUUUUAUAUAUUCACAACCGUUUGAUAUUUUGUAAGCGACAAUUUGGUGUGAAAUAUCUUUGGAGGGAACAAGACCUACAUUGCAGGAGCGGGUUUAUGUAGCUGCAUUCAUAGCAUAGACUUUUACCAGAGCUCCUGGAAUAUUCAUCACAAAUGUAAGUUUUGGAUGGAGGCUGCUAAAUUGAUUUCUGAUGGUCCAUCAGCCGUCAGAUUCAGGCUUCACACAACAGUGCCAUUCUUUUUCUCUCUUCUUUUAAGUUUGAAGUUAAAUCUGCUCGGUGCUCUUGACUCUUGCUCCUGGACACCCCCAGCUUACACCCAAGCAGCUCUCUGUCGUCCCACACCCAGCAAAGGUUUGUCUCCAGUGAAUGGUUGCCAGCCUUUAGGUUUUUGAUGAUACAGCUCAAUUGAUUUUGCCAAUUUUUGGACAGAAGGCUCUACAAAAUAAGAUAUAAAAUCUAUUUUCAAUUAAAAUUUGUGUUUCAAAGUCGAUUCAGAGAUUGAGGGGAAAUAGCUCUGGCUCAAAUUUAUAAAGUCAUAAAGAGUUUAUGAUUUCUCGUAUCUAUAAUUUAACCAGGUUGCUUUUCACAGGAAGACUUGAGUUGAGAUUCUUGAAACAUUUUAUGUACAGCUUGUAUGUACCUAAAGUAUUUUUCUUA